AAGACCGUCACUGAAGGACAGAGAAAUAUAGUGAAAUAUACGGAGUUGAUACCUUGGAGUUCACCAGACCUUCCUAACCUGCUUAGAUUGUUGAUUCAACAAUGGCUCCUGCUGCUGACGGAAAGGUGACAGGUCUGCUGGCGGCCACCUUCACUCCUUUCACUGCGCAAGGUGAAGUCAACUUAUCAGUGAUUGGACCUUAUGUUGACUACUUGAAAGAAAAGCAAGGUGUAAAGGGCAUAUUUGUCAAUGGCACCACAGGAGAGAGUAUGUCUCUCUCUGUUGCAGAGAGGAAGGUCCUGGCAGAGGAAUGGUGUCUGAAAGCAAAGGGAAAAAUGGAUAGCACCAUCGUGCAUGUUGGAUGCAUGAGCCUCAAAGACUCCCAGGAUCUGGCUCGUCACGCUGCAGAGAUUGGAGCUGAUGGGAUAGCUGUCAUUUCUCCCUCCUUCUUUAAGCCCAAGUCUGCACAUGCUUUGAGGAGAUUCUUGCAGGAAGUCGCUUUAGCUGCUCCAAAUCUCCCCUUCUAUUAUUACACAAUCCCAGCAUUCACUGGGGUAAACGUCCCAGUAAGAGAUGUGAUAGAAGACAUCGAGAAGCUAAUUCCAACCUUCAGAGGAGUGAAGUUCAGUGGGAGCGACCUGCUGGACUUCGGCCAGUGUGUCAGCUACAGCCAGCCUCACUGGUCGGUUCUGUACGGCGUGGACGAGCAAUUGUUAGCAGCACUAGCAAUGGGAGCUAAUGGAGCUGUUGGCAGCACAUAUAACUAUAUGGGAUGCUAUGUCAACCAGCUGAUUUCAGCAUUUGAGACUGGAGAUCUGGUCACUGCCCGAACAAUUCAGUUUAAAAUCCAGGAGCUUGUUGGUUAUGCCAUAAAACUGGGUUUUGAUAUUGGAGUGAACAAGCAGCUGAUGAUGGAGGUGUCAGGCUUGCCUCUGGGCCCCCCUCGACUCCCGGUGAUGCCGUGCCCUCCCAAUCACUCUAAGCUCAUCAUACAGAAAUACCACAGUAUUUUUGACUAAAGGUUCAUGGGUUUAGUUCAUUCAGUAAACAGACAGUCGUGCUUUUCUUUGUUCCUGUUGAUCAUGCUCACAGUACAGUGACGAUUAGGACCAGUUACCAGCUUUUAUAUUCCAAUUACCGCUAAUCUGCCACCAUAUAUUCACAUGUAUUUCUGAAGAAAAUAAAAAACAUAUAAAAGGACAGAUAUUUCUAAAUUGAUCUUGACUUUUCCAUUUUAACAUUGCAUUCUAUUCUACUCUUUUCUAUUCUAUUGUAUUCCUUUUAAUUUAGAGUACUGGGUCAUUUAACUACCUGUGUGAAUGAUCAGGCUAACUUUUUGGAAGUUUAUAAAUGGAAAAGUUUACUUUUCUUCAUGUUUUGAUCCAUAUGAGAAAAAAAGGUCAAUAUUUUUAUUUUUUUGUUUGAUCUUUAAACCUAAAAUUUAAAUUCCCCCCAAUUGUCUUGAACUUUCAUUUUUAAGGACAGCUUAUGAUCUGAUGUUAAAAGCAGAAAAAGGCAUUUAUUACUAAAAUAAUGAUCCAGUGGAGAAUAAUAUGUUGUUUUUGUUGUUUACACUGAGUGUGUGUGUAUUGUGCAUUAAAAGGGAAUUUAACUGAAUGAUCUGUAUUUUAACACUAUUCAAAGUCUUUACUAAUAAAUAUUUUGCGAUUCAUGC